GGGACACAGCGCCAGAGCUGCCUGCGCCCGACAUGGACUGCGGAGUUAUCACCUCCAAAACCGUGCUGCUGCUGCUGAGCCUCGCCUUCUGGGCGGCAGCUGCAGGCCUCAGCUACGUCGGGGCGUAUGUCAUCAACACCUACAAGAGCUACGACAACUUUCUGCAGGACAAGUACGCCCUGCUGCCGGCCGUGAUCAUCAUUUGCGUGGCCGUGGUGAUGUUCAUCAUCGGGCUGAUCGGCUGCUGCGCCACCUUCCGCGAGUCCCGGGUCGGCCUGGGGCUGUUCUUGGCCAUUAUCCUGGUUAUCUUCAUUGCAGAAGUGUCUGCUUUUGUCCUGGGAUUUGUAUACAGAGAAAAGGUAAAAACUGAUGUGCAAGGUACAAUGCGCUCAGUGUUUGAGAAGUAUGAUGGCAAAAACCCAGAGUCUACAGUUGUGGAUUACUUGCAAGAACAGCUUCACUGCUGUGGGGUUAAGAACUACAGUGACUGGACGACCACCCAGUGGUUUAAUUCCACUGGGAACAACAGUGUCCCCCUGAGCUGCUGCCAGCAAGAGGCCAAGAACUGCACAGGGCAUCUGGAUCAGCCGCAGGAGCUCAACAGACGGGGCUGUGCACAGGAGCUGGAGUCUGGGCUGCAGAACGUUAUCAGCUAUGCCAUGCUUGUAAUCCUGGGGUUUGCCAUCGUAAAGUUCUUCGGCAUGCUGAGCAUCUGCGUGCUUACUUGCAAGAAGGAAGAAAGUGGAUAUCAGCCUCUUUACUCAGGGGUGUUUGCUUAAUAAACUGAAAAGAACAAUCUUGCUUCCCGAUGAUGAGACUGACUUGUGAUCAUACCACAGCUUUCUGAAACAUUAUUCUAAGUUUGGACCUGUGACUACAGGUGGCGCCGCAGGCUCCAGAAAGAAACUUUGUUCUGACCUUCUUUCCUCUGCCCCGAAAACACGCGGCAGAAACUUUAUCUUUUAAUCAAUAAAGUGCUGGAGGCCACAGGAGGGGCUUCAGUUGUCCGCACAAACCUCAGAUCAUUCCUGUUACGUGGUUUAGACAACAAAAGAAACUCUUGAAUGCCAGGUUUAAGCUCUUCAUAGGCAUGGGGAUUUGUAGUAUGUUUUUUCUGUAUCUGAUUGUGCAGUUUCGGGGGUUCCCCCCCCUUUCUAAUGUCAUAUGCUGUAAUUCUGUUUACUGCAGAGGUUGUUACUGCAAGACAACCC